GUACGAUGUCGGACUGGUAGGCACAGUCCGAUAUUGUGCGAUAGUUGCGGCUACCAGCAGAAAUUUGAUUUUAACGUAAUAACGAUGUAGAGAAAUAUAUUUAGUAUAUUUUAAGUGUAUAGUUGGGGAUAUGAUCUGUUAUGACAUAUUUGAUUUGUGAUGGUUCGGUACUUUUUUCGUAUUAGUUAUGUUGGUACUAAAUAUAGAUUUUACGUAGCAUUUGUGAAAGAAGCAUGUUACUGAUAAAAGUUAUACACCUGAAAUAUGUUUUCCAGGGGAUCUCAGAAAACGCCAGAUUUUCCAAAUGAAACAAUUCAAGGCGUAAUAGAGAGUGCUCUCAAAUCUUUAAAUCCCAGUAAUAUCCCUUUGUCAUCCUUUGCUAGUCGAACUGAUAAAGGUGUUCAUGCUCUUGUAAACAGUUUUCACGUGGAUUUAGUCCAUAGUAUUUCUGGAAAAGUCUUCCAGCCAUAUGUUAUUACAAAACAUUUAAAUUCAUACUUGAAGACGAACAAUCAUGAAAUUUUGGUAACUAGUACUUGUGUAGUUCCUGACAUUUUUCAUGCUAGGCAUAAUGCAAAAUGGAGGAGCUAUAUAUAUCGUUUAGCAAUUUUAAAGCCUGAAAUUAAAACUGAAUUUUCAAUCAAAGCACCAUAUGAAGAAUAUUUACCUAUUUCUGAAGUAAACAGGUGUCACAUAGUUUCAUCUGAAUUGAAUACAAAUGUUGUUCAAGAGGUAGCAAAUAUGUUUUGUGGAGCACACAAUUUUACUACAUUUACCAAAUACACUCAGCGAGAUCCUUGGAGAAAUACUAAUAGAAUAAUUGAUGAAUGUAAAUUUUAUGAAUCAUCAAAUAAAAAACUAUUAGAAGACAUUCAGUAUUCUAAUAUUUCUAUGUGGGAGUUUUCUGUAUAAAAUCAAGAUCUUUCUUAUAUCAUCAGAUUAGGAAAUUAGUUGGUACUGCAUUAUCAACUGGGUUUGGAUUGCUAUCCUUAUCUGAUGUUGAGCUCAUGUUGAAAAAACCUGAUCCGAAUGGAUGGAUAAAAAGUGCUUUGGUUCCUGCUUGUGGCUUGUAUCUCUCAAAUAUAGCAUACAGCAGGAAAGAUUUUAUGUAUCAUGGUGCAUCAGAACAGAAAGAAGAAAGAACAUGCCAUUAAUUUUAAAAAUAUGGAUUCUUAUUGAUAUUUUGUAAAUAUAAAUAAAAUCUGUAAUUGUUGAAGAAA